GUGGAAUAUAAUCUUCGUCAUUAUUCUCUUUCCUACGUCUGUUUUUUUUCCUUCCUCCGCUGCUCCGAGCGAUUGAUGAAAGCGUUCGUCUCAGCCGCCCCUGCUUGCUCCCGUGGGAAGCCUUGAUUUGGUUGUUGUUGUUGUUGAUCUGUUUUGGUGGUUAAGUUUUUAUUCUGACGGGAAAUUAGGGUUUCUAGGUCUGGCGUCCGGUUUACUCCAUACCUGUAUAUAUUUAUAUAUAUAUCUAUAGUUUUCUCGAGGUGUCGUUCAAAUUGAGGGAUUUUGUCAUUUCUGGUUCCCUGGAUUUAAAGCGAACAAAACUGCGCAUUUAUGGUCGUUCUUUGGCAAAUCGGUGGGCAAAAGCUAACUCCGUGACUUACUGGCCAUGUGAUAUUGGAGGCACCUGUCACAGAAGAAAUAAAUUCGAGGUUUUGAUUUCGAUGGAGUAUAUAUUUGCUUCUUGCUGUAUCCAUGAUGUUUCUUGUAGAAGAGAAGCAAUGGAGGUUGAGGCGGGUUUACUUGGGUGAUAACUUUACUUGAGAUUAUUCGAGGCAUCUUUAACUAGACAGUGUUUUCUGAAAGUCUUGGACGGAUGUUUCCUGCUGGAACCGACUGUACACAAGAUGCAGGUGGGAUUUCUGGUAGCGUGCGAAUUCCAUGGAGCUUUGUUUGGCGUUACGGUGGGAAUAGGGUUUCUGUGAUUGGCUCGUUUACAAGGUGGACUGAACAGGUAGAAAUGGCCCCUGUGGAGGGAGAUUCUACUGUAUUUCAGGUUAUGUGCAGCUUAUCACCUGGCAUUCAUCAGUAUAUGUUCUUUGUUGAUGGUGUAUGGCGGCAUGAUGAACAACAGCCUCAUGUGAUGAGUGCUUAUGGAAUAGUUAACACUCUUAUUCUUAAUCAAGAAGCUAAUCCUGUACGUGCUCUUUUGCAUCCAGAGGUUUCUGGUAAUAGAAUGAACAUGGAUGUGGACCAUGAGAACUCCCCAAUUGUGGUGUCAAAUUUGAGGAUUUCAGAGGCUGAUAUUGGAAUAUCUUGUGAUCGCAUAUCUGAAUUCUUGUCCACUUGUGCUGCUUAUGAGUUGCUUCCUGAUUCAGGGAAGGUUAUAGCUCUUGAAGUCAGUUUGCCAGUAAAGCAAGCAUUCCAUAUCCUUUAUGAGCAGGGUAUUCCUGUUGCUCCCUUAGUGGAUACUUGCAGUAGAGAAUUUGUGGGAGUGCUCAGUCCGUUGGAUUUUAUAUUAAUUCUAAAAGAGUUAAGUAGUCAUGCUUCAAAUUUGACAGAGGAAGAGCUCGAGACACAUACUAUUUCUGCCUGGAAAGAUGCAAAGCAACAGUUAUCGAGCCAAAUGGUUUUGCAUGGACCUACUCAGAGACAGCUAAUCCAUGCUGGGCCUUAUGAUUCAUUGAAAGAAGUAGCACUGAAAAUAUUGCAAAAUCGCAUCGCUACAAUUCCAAUAGUUCAUUCAUUGUUGCAAGAGGAUUCCUUCCCACAUUUGCUUCAUCUUGCAUCCCUUUCAGGAAUAUUAAGAUGUAUCUGCAGGCAUUUUAGGCAAUUUUCUAAUUCAGUGCCCAUUUUGCAACAAGCAAUAUGUACUAUUCCUUUGGGCACAUGGGUUUCAAGAGUUGGUGAAUCAAAUGGGAAUGAGCUGGUAAAGUUGAAACCGAAUGAAUCACUAAGUCGUGCUUUAACAUUGUUGGUGCAAGCUCAAGUUAGUUCAAUUCCAAUAGUUGAUGACAAUGACUGCUUGUUGGACACAUACUCUAGAAGCGACAUCAUAUCUUUGGCUAAAGACAAGGUUUAUGCACGAAUUCACCUGGAUGAAACAAGUAUUUACCAGGCAUUGCAGCUCAAAAACAACGCAAGUUCAUCUCAUGUAUCUUUAACUGGGCAGCAUUUCCAUACGUGUCUCCGCUCAGAUUCCCUGCAGAAAGUAAUGGAGCAAUUGGCAAAUCCUGGGGUACGGCGUGUGAUUAUUGUAGAAGAUGCAACUAACCAUGUGGAAGGCAUAAUUUCGCUGAGUGAUGUAUUCAGGUUCUUGUUCAGAAUGCGACAAGCGAACGAAGCCAUCCAUCGGAUCAUUUAACUCUGCCAAAAGUUGUUUAGCCCACAGCAUUUAGAAAAGACUAAUGAAAUUAUUUACACGCAGAUGUUUAUCUUUUCCUCUUGAUUGUUUCUUGAUUCAAUAGGCCUCAUUGUUUAGUCUGGCCCCUAUUCAUUGGCCGCACCGAGAUCUGUAGAUGAGAGGAACUAGUUUUGAUCUCGCUCUUGAAAAUUAUUUUCCAUUCCAAUUGUGCAAUGCUAAUGGUUCACCGUACAUAUAUAUCUUGAGCACAUGAAUGAGACAAUGGAAAACCAUUAAUGUUAUUGUCAAACAGCAUUAUAUUCAUUAUCUUA